UCUUGUUCGUUUAUAUUUAUUUCAUCUUUUUUCUUUUUUUGUUUUUUUUUUCAAAUAAGGAAGAUUUUAAGUAUUGUCUUACCAUUUGUUGAUUAUUAAAAUUAAUUAAUUAAUUUUUUUUUAUGUAAGGAGAAUACUGUAUUGCCUUACCGCGUAGAUUGUUUCAUUUAGAGUUGGUGACACGUUAGGCGAGUCCUCGUUUGACAAUAAAAGGGAUCUCCUUCGAUAUCUCGAUCAUCGCAAAGAAUUUUGAGGUCGAGAAAUGUCGCGAUCAGUGUUUGCAUUGCUGACACUCGAGGUCUUCAUGGUCGGUCACUCUUUACGCGUGUAUGAGUCGCGUGCACGUGAAGCCUUCGGCUUCUUUUUCUUCUUUCUUUUUUUUAUUUUUUUCUUCUUCCUUCUCUCCGUGCUUUCUGAGUAAGCAAGCCGGCUCCCGGUCUUUUCAGCAUCCAUAUCGUGUCUCGAGGAGAAGCUUCUUGAGUACAUACCUGGUUUCUCUUAUUUUUUCUUUUUUCUUUAUUUUUUAAAAGUUUCUUUCUUUUUCCUUUACAUCGAAUUUCUACGUUCUCUUCGUUGUAUUUACCGUUGUGUUCCAGAACAAACGCGAUACAUAAUCUAUCGACGUGUGCCACGUUUCGCAGUAAAAAAAAUUUUGCGGUUUCGGUCGUUCGCCGUACAACACCAUUUCAAUACGUACAUAUAGCGAAGUAAUAAACAGCAAACUAGGAGCACGAGUAUAAUAUACGUGCAUGAACACACCGACAAUAAGAGGAACUUUUCGAAAUUAGCGUGUUCGAUAUCACUGGUUUAUGGCGAUCGAGAAACUAAGAAGUUGCUUUUUUGGAUUUGCAAGUAGUGCUCGAUUUCGUUGACUAAUAUACACGUAGUCAAACCGCAAGGAGAAAGUGCAUUCUGUAUAGGCGGAUAGAUACGUGUGUAUGAAUUAGUACGCUACGUUAUAUGAUCUGUACUUGCUUAAGUGGACGACGAAAGAAUCGAUACACAUAUAUACAUGAGAAGAAACGAUGGCCGAGGAUCGAAAGAACGCACAAAGGCUUAUCGGUCAGGUUCAUGCGGUGCGACAUACUUCACCACCGCCACCAGCACCAACAUCUGCAGCUACUCGAAAGGAGAGUUCGUCACUUCGUGGUCCUCGAACUCUCCUUCUUAAACGUAGCGAAAAUGGCUUCGGAUUCACUCUCCGACAUUUUAUCGUUUAUCCGCCCGAGUCCUGUUGCAUGUUGCCAGGACACGAGCGGACAAGGAUCGAUGAGCCUAUGGACACGAUCUUUGUAAAGCAGGUGCGAGUCAAUUCGCCAGCAGCAGAAGCAGGUCUUCGUACGGGUGAUCGGGUAGUUUCCGUUGAUGGAAUACCAACACGAGGUGAACAAUACGCCAGUGUAGUGCAACGUAUUCAACAAGCGGGUCCUUGGUUGCGACUACUCGUUGUUUCAAAAGAAGACGAUAUCUUGCAACGGUACUUUGGUGAAACGGCACACAAUCCUGAGACGAAUCAACGUCCACGAUUACGUUCUCCAGAGAGGAUUUCUCAGAAGCAAAGAAGAUCUAUCAGCAUGAUCCCAGGAUCUUCGCCGAAAACAACGAGGCAAUCAUGGAUUUGCUCGCUUCCAGAUUCAGAGAAUCAGAAUACGACUUGUAGAGAAAGCGAAGAGGCUGUUUACAAAGAACAACAAGGCAACAAGAUGUCACCGUCUAUACCAGUUAUCACGGCGCAGCAAAGAAGAUUCCUGCAAGAAACGAAUGUUCCUUGCGAACCUAUUGAGGAUAGAAUGCAAUCAAGAAAACUACAGCAACAACAACAAGCUAGAGAAGCCAUGGAAUCGCCUCUCCAAUCGUACAGCCGCCCCUCACCGGAUCAGAGGUUCGAUUUGUAUGAUAGAACGCGUCCCGAAUCGAUUUACUCUAGACCGAGUAACGAACAAAUUUACGAUCGAAUUAAAGAUCCUAUUUAUGAACGCGUUAGAUCAGGUGAAUCAGGCCAAUUUGAGAAAGAACAACAACAGCUAACUAUGUUACGUUAUCCUAUGUCCCGCGCGGAACCACAAGUUCCUAUUUACCGUCCUGGCAGACGAGUGAUAACGAGACGAGCGAGUGAAGGUAGUGGAGGGACUGGACAAACAAAUGAAUCAGAAGUUCCGAGUUAUGGAAGUAUAGACGCUCUUAGAUUAAACGAUCCAAGUUUAAGGUUGAGCAUGGAUUCUCGAAGAGACUCCUCACCAGUCAGUAAGGGUAGUUUGUCCUCGUUUGAUUCUAAUUCGACCGUUACUGGAAACGAGUGCUCCGAUGACUCUGUAAUCAUGAACAGAUUACGUAAGAGUUUCGAACAAAAGGAAGAAUUUUUACGCAGACCGAGUCAUCCAAUCGGAUGGAAUAUCGCCGAGGAUGCGUCAAGAUUGCAACAAGGUGGUAACAAUUCGGCUGUUAUUCAAAGAGAAUUUUACGCGAGACCGCAAAAACUUCAAAGGCAAAUUUGGCCGCCUAAUGAGCAACAACAAAGGCAACAAUCGCCUACGAGAAGAGUGGAAAAUAAAAGUAAUGGUAAAUUGUCAUUAACGAAACCGUCGAAUCAAAACGUCCAAAGAGUGAAGACGGAUCUUGAUUCUGAAUCGGAUUAUACUAAUACGCGAAGCGAUCAGAAUGAUGAUCGAUCGAAUCUUAUUGACAGUCAACGUAGCAUCAGAGAUAGAUUUUAUUCCAGUCUUUAUGAGAGCCAAUUAGGCAAAGAGAAUCAUUUCGUUUAUCUACCAACUAAAACUAACGAUCAGGAUAGAUAUAAAAACACCAAUAAAUCUGUUUUCGUUAGCACCUUAUCGAGAAUUCAUGAAAAUACGUCGAACUUAGCAACGAAUCAGCAACAACCUCAAGAUUCUCGGAAUGAAUCACUUUCUGUGCCAUCUUCGCCAGGCCCAGAUAAAAAAAAUAAUGACAAAUUCCUGGUACCCCCGCAGGGACUACAAAUUGUUUCUAGACGAGCAAAACAAUUCGAGUCUGGUCGACUUCUUAGCGAUGAUGAAGAGCCAACCAGCGAUCGAACUAAUUUGUACAAAAGCGAGCUGUCUAGGUUGUCUAAUAAACGAAGUGUACCAAAUGUUGCUGUCAUGAAGAGAGAGUUCGAGUCGAAAGCAGAAUCACAAGAACCAAGAAGAAUGCCUAGUAAUAGAGAGAGCAGGUCGUUAGAUUCCGGAAGGGGAUUGUCCGGAAACAGAAUAUUUCCUAUAGGCAGCAAGUACAUCCAUUGUGAACCCCCUGCCAACUAUAAAGAAGUUCAAGAAAUACCAACGAUGGAAAUAGAAGCAGUUCAUCUUAGGGCACGUAGUAAUAGUGCAGAAUCUUGGGAAACUGUAAACGGAUCGCGUGGAAAUAUAAGACAUACAUGGCAAACAGAGCAAGAAGAGGAGAAAGACAUUAGAAAUGAUAAUAAUAAUGGUGAUAGUAAAAACCAAAGCUAUGCACAGUCUACUAGAAGUCAACUUGCUUCUUGCGAUGAAACAUCAAACAAUGGAGUAAUCCUUAGACGACAGAAAAACGCACAAUUAAGUGAUGAAGAGCGCGCUACGAGAAGAGUUUCCUACCUGAAAGCUACGUGGGGUGAACGAAUGCACGUUGAUAGCGAUUUAGAUCUUAGUGACACUGAACCUGUUCACGUUCUUAGAAGUGCACAUAGACGAUGGAGACCACCGUCAUUUACAAGUGACAUAGCACCGUUAAGACGAAUCUUUGAGGAUAUGACGCAGUCUGCAAAUCUUCAUCGACAUUCUCUUCGUAACAGUAUCAUAAGUACUACGGAUAGUGGCAACGAAGCUCCGAAGGAGGUUGAACCUAUUGAACGAGAAGGCACACUUCACAUCAAGUUCACAGUGCUCGAUGGCAAGCGAUCUUCUGAUCGUUCCUGGAAGCAAAUUUGGGGUGUUCUUCGAGGUCCAAUUUUAUUUUUUUAUAAGGAUCGUCACAGUCAGAGCCCUUCAUCGGUUAACGAUACUGAAGGUACUGUACAAAAUAUUGAUGUAAGGUGUUCAUUGGUGGAUAUUGCUGAGGAUUAUACUAAACGAAAACAUGUAUUACGAGUGGUGAAUCCUACAGCAGAAGUGCUUUUACAAACAGAAGAUGCAGCUUCGAUGGCUCUUUGGCUAAGAUCACUUCAUAAAUAUGCUGCUACUGAAAAGCCAUUGGAUAUUACCUCUAGUACUUUGAAACAACAAGCAGUACCACAAACUCCCGGACCAACAACACCCAGUGUUGCCUCUGUUCAAAAUGCUAAUCAAAGGCUGAGUCCCUUACCCAGUCACAAAGGUAUCAAGAAGUUAACAUCUUUCAGAAAUAGAUCACCGACUGGGCAAUCGCCAGUAAAUAAAACAAGAAAGCCAAGUCAAAUUGUGGAACCUCUUUCAUCUCCAAAAACCAAAACUUGGAAGGGUAGAGUAGCUAAACAAUUUAGAAGAAUGCAUGGUUCACCAUCAUCACCUACUGCACAAUUGCCACCUGAAGGAGCUACAUUUAAAGUGCCACUUGAACUUUGUCCAUCGUCUUCCUUUUCGGAAUUUGUACCUCUUAUAGUUGAAAUGUGUACUAGUAUAGUUGAGGCACGUGGUCUUGAAGUUGUUGGAAUAUACAGAGUGCCAGGAAAUACUGCUGCCAUUUCUCAGCUUACUGAGAGUGUAAAUAAAGGAUUUGAAAACAUUAAUCUUCAGGACCCCAGAUGGAGCGAUGUGAAUGUGAUAUCUUCUUUACUCAAGUCUUUCUUUCGACAUUUACCAGAUUCACUAUUAACUGCAGAAUUAUAUCCCAUGUUCAUUGACGCGGAUAAGAUUGAAGAUCCUCAAAGGAGAAUGGCAACUAUAAGGAAAUUAUUAAGAGAUCUUCCAGAACAUCAUUUUGAAACACUCAAAUACUUAAUGUUACACUUGAAGAAAAUUGUAGAACACAGUGAAGUUAAUAAGAUGGAAGCUAAAAAUUUAGCUAUUGUUUUUGGACCUACAUUGGUACGCGCGAGUGGUUCAAGGGAUAAUAUGGUUACGAUGGUCACUGAUAUGUCUCACCAAUGUAAAAUAGUCGAAAGCUUAUUAAAUAAUGUUGAUUGGUUUUUCUCAGACGAAGACCUUGAUGAUUUAAGUAGACUUAGUGUAAAUUUAAGUCUCCCAGCUGAUGGUUGUGAGGUUGAACCAACAUCUAAUACAAAUCAUAAUCUUCUUUUAAACAAUAUACAAAAAGUCGAAGGCAUGCGUGAAAUGGUAUCAGCAAAGGACAUUGUAUCUUCAAUCAUAUCUGCAGCUAAUCGGAAAAUUCAAAGAAGACGAAAAGGCCAGGACGAAGCAGAAAAUGAAGAACACGAUGAAGAAAAGGUUAAAAUGAAGCACGAAUCGGACAGUUCACCGACGAUUCGACAAAGCAUGGCACUUAAUGAACGUCAAUGUUCUGUCAGUGAAAUAGUAUUGAUGCAUGAAAACAAAAGUCACCUCAAUCAUUCUAGUAAUUCUUCCGAGCCGACUGAUCGAUCUUCAGCAACAAAUAAUAAUAGUCCAGUAAGUGCUUCAUCCUCUAGUCGAUCCAAAUAUUCGAAUCAACUUGUGCCUGCUAUUUCUUCGAGUUCCGAAUCUUCGAGACCUUUAAGCGAGGCUGGUUUGAAUUGUAUGGAUACAAACUCGAUGACAUCAAAUGCAUCCAAUGAGACUAAACAGAGUAACGAUGAGGUAGCUAUAAGAACGUAUGCCGGACUGAGUGCAACAACACAAGAAAGAAUACGAAGGUUUGAACAGGAGACAAAGGCUAUGUUGCAGAGAGAUCAGCAUCGCCAGAGACGCGAAGCAGAGAAGAGAGAAGAGGAAAGACGAAAAAUAGAAAAGGAAUGGCAAAUGGCAAAACGAGAAAUGGAAAAUGACGAUCUCUUAGAUACUAUAGUAGACAGUACGGUGAUUCCUAAUUUUCUAUCCGAACGUCUCUCCAAUAUGAAUCAGAGGUUGGCAGAAAAAUCAUUAGCGGAUCUCCCCGAAAAACAUGUUCGAUCAAGAUCAACAACGAGAAUUACUCCGUUAUCAAUAGCUGUACAACAACAACCUACGGCGCGACAGAAAGCACAAGCUACUAAUCAACUUACUAAUGUAUUAGGCGAGAAGAUAAAUAAUGGUGUUAUCAAAAAGUUUAAAACAGAUAAAGAGCCGUCUUUAGAAUCUAUUUGCCUACCGCCUAUUCGUUACGGCAGCUUGGAUUCGUUGCAUGAAGUACACACGCUUCCUCAUUCUUCACCCUCGCCAUCUCAACAACGGAGAGGACUUUCUGGAGAUAUCUCGGAUGAUGCCGGAUCAUGUUUUCUACACUGGACUCAGAAGAUUCUCACUAUUAACAAAAAGCUUUCUAGGCAUACAGCAAGUCCGGGUUUUUGGUGCUACAUAUCGUCCCACCUACACGGUACCACAGGGUCCAGUGGCACCACCGCGAAGACAUCGGCCUCAUCAUCGGCUGAUCCAGCAUCAACAGGCGUUAACAGUACCAGAUCAGCAAACAGAUCAUCAAUCUCAGCAACAACAGCAGCACCAACAGUGCCAACAACAAACUCAAGAGCAACGAGCGAAGCAACCCAGUCCUACCUACCACGACACCUUUCAGAGGUGCCAAGAGGGUCAGGCUCAGGGUCCGGUGCGCCCUCCAAGACUUUAAACAAAUUUCUCCGAGGUAGCGAUUUAUUGACUAGCCUUACGACAACCUUCGAUCGUAAAUGGAAGUCACUCGUGAAUCCAUCAAGUCAAAUUAUUCAAACGCCUGUAGAACCUGCACCUGUCAACAAUAUCGAAAUUUCAGAUGAUCAAAAAAAACAAAAGGCGGAGGAUCUGUCCGAAAAGAAUCAACAAACAGAAAAAGUUUACCGGGAUCCUAGUCUUCAUAAAUCAUCGAUCGAUAAAAAUCAUUUUCUUCGAGUAAAAGACGAGGCAUUAGAAAAAGAUACAGAUUCAACGGUUACCGAAGUACAUGAUACAGAAGCAAUGACUACGCCGGAUAACGAUCGAAAUGCAAUCAAAUUGGAAACGAAAAACGUUCUUAAUCAUUUGAAAGAAACUAACGCGAUAACGGAUUCGACUAAAAAAGAAGAUGACAAAAAGAAAGAAAUUAUUGAUAUUGCUCAAAUUACUGCUACAAAGGAAGGAAAUGGAUCGUCGACUUUUCGCAAAUCUAGUGAUAUGGAAAAUAAAACAGAAGAAAAGAAGGUUCACGAUCGAGAACUCGAUUCGAAUUAUUCAAACAAAUUAGAAAAAUUCGAGAUAUUAACAAAUACCGAGGAGAGAUCACGAUUGAAGAGAUCCGAAUCAUUGAAUAAGAGAUCGGAAAAUACUUUUUCUAAAUUAAAAAGAUCCGAAAGUUUAAACAAGCACUCCGAAAGAUUAGCUUCACCGACGAAUAGUAAACUGAAGCGUUCGGAAAGUUUAAAUAAACACUCCGACAGAUCCGAGUCGCCUAAUAGUAAGUUGAAGCGAUCGGAGUCGUUGACUAAAACGGAGAAGACAGAAUGUAAUAUCAGUAAAAGACGACAAUCUGUUAGAAAGGAUAGUGCUACGAAAUUAAAGAGGAAAAACGGGAUGCCGGAGAGAUCAAUCAAAAGAAGACACACGGUCGGUGGUACGAAGGACUUCGAUAAAGUUCACUGGCUUGAUAAUAAGUUACAAUCGGAGGCAGAGAGAGUUGUUAAAAAUGAUUACAAGCCAAAGAAAAGUCAACUGAGAACAAGUUCACCCGAUCUAAGUACUAAUCGCGUCAACGUAACAGAUACUAGUUUUUUGAUCGAAGUCAGUUUUCGUGGUCCCAGUAAUGUUGUUUUUAAUGUUACUAAUGCACGACCACAAUCCUUGCCAGACGCCAAUUUAGCGUCGAAAGUUUUCAAAGUACCUCUCGAAAGUCACGUCUAGGUACUUCUAUUUUAUUAAAAUAAUACCUGCCAUCGCUUUCAAUUGAUAAUGCCACGUGUAAUUAAUCGCUAAACGAGCCAUAUCAAAUUCGAUAUCAGACAUUGAUCAGAUAUUUUCACAUAAACUCCGAAUCGUCUAAUAGUUAUCAAUUUGUUCAAAAUAUAUUAUAAAUUUUUUCAAAUUCAUCGAAUGUAGGUAUGCAAAGCAUAUAAAAAAUUACUCAUCCGUGCCAAAGAAUUUUGAUAUCAGUUUUUUAAAAAGUGAUUCUUUAAUCAACAUUUUUUAUUGCUUUUGUUCAAGGAAUGAAAUUAAACAUUUUAAUAAUUUUUAUAAAUUCAAAUUGAAUUCUUGAUUUUGGAUUUGCACGUGUAUCACUUAUCGUUUGCGAAUGAAUGAAAUGCUAAUACGCUGACCAAAUCAUUUUAUGCUAUUAUUGUAUUAUGUUAUGUUAUAUAAAUUAUAUUAUAUUAUAUAUUAUGCUAUAGCUGCAUUGAGUAUUAAUGCAGUACGCAUAUAAUGAUAUUCCGUUGGUAAAGAAAUUUAUUUGACUUUAUAAGAGAAAACAAAGAAGUAAUAUAAUAUUUCUAAGAGAGCAAGCAAUAAUCUUGCUUCUGGUAUUUAUAUCGUGUCAAUUAUCCAACACAUCAUAUUUGUGAAUUGUGAUUGAGUAAAUUUUUGUAUAUAAAGUAUAUAUACAUACAUACAUAUAUACAUAUAUACAUAUAUAUAUAUAUAUAUAUAAUAAGUAUAUAAUAAGUAAUAAUAUAUAUAUAUAUAUAUAUAUAUAUAUAUAUAUAUAUAAAAUAAGCGGCCCGCACGAACGGUAGGAUAGUUUUAUACCGUGACGUCAAUCUAUCUUUAAAUUUAUAUUUUAAUAACCGAUUUGCAUAUUUGUGAGCCUCUUGCAUAUAUACGGUAGCGUUGAACUCGGCUUUGUUUCACAAGGUCCUUGUAAAGAUAUAAUGUUUAGCAUAAAUAGCAGAAUUUGUAUGCAUUUGUCUCUGUGUUGAAAAAUUUGUACAUAUUACACGUACACACACGUUAAAUCUAUAUAAGGGUAAAUGAUAUAGUGAAAGUAUGAAAUUCGUAAAUCUUCGAAAAUAUUAUCUUAUACUUUUCCCAUUCAAAAAAAUCUUGCUUUUAAAGCAAAUAAAAAACUAGUUAAUAUUCUAUAUCUUCUCACAUAAAAGUAUACACCAUGUGAUAAAAAUGAUUACGCGUCUAUCUAUACACAUAUUAUACAAAUUGUUAUACUAUAUUUUCGACGCGUAUUGCAUAGUUUGUAAUCAAGAUUAUUUUAAUCUACGUGCGAGACUGCUGUUAUGGUAUUUUAUAGUCUAGUAAAGGCUUAAGUUUAUAUAUAUACCGAGAGAAUAAUAUGGUAAACGUCUGUUCUAAAAAUAUAUAAAGAAAUCUAAUUUACGAAAGAGAACUCGAAGUUCUCAAUAAUAUACGAAGAUAGGAAAUGUUUUACAAAUAAUUUCAAGUUAAUACAUUUUAAUCUUAUGGAAAUCAUAAAUACGCAUGCUUUGGAAUCAAAAAGGGAAGCUUGCAACAAGAAUUUGACAUCUACUGUUAUAUGUCUAAAUCGCGUUCGCCAUAUAAAAUCGACUAUAUUGCAGUUGUAUUCUAAAAGACCAAUGUACACAAAUAAUAUCGCGUUCUUUAAAGUUAGUUUCAUGUUAAGCUUUCACACAAACUACGUCAUAUAUAAACACAUAUUUUCGAAGUGAUGGUAAGAUUUGUCUCUUGCCGAUUUUUUUUCACUUUAAAUAUUCUCUUAGAGGGAUUGUGUCCUUGAUAUACGCGCAGAUCUGGCAAUCACCUUGACGGUUAUGUAUCUCCAAUAGAAAACAAACUCAUUAAUGCAUUUUCUUAAUCACAUGCGAAAAUUCUAUCGACAUUUUCGCAUAUGUGAUUUAAGGAGACGAGUGACUGGGGACCAGAAUGAGUACUCUGAUUUACUCUAAAAUAAUUCGAGGGUUAUAGAAGCAAAAAUAUCUACAAGUAGAUUUUGAAACUUCUUAAGAUCUUUAUCGAUUCUUGCCCUGCAUUUUCGAUACAUCCAAGAGCAAACAUGAGUCGCUCAAACUGGCCCUUGAAUUCCACUUAUGUGGAAGUUCAUGUUGAAGUAGCACUUAGGAAUCAAGUGUAAAUACAAAUGUAAUUAAAUUUCGAGGGCCGACGGUAUAAUAUUUAUUACAAAACAAUAGUAUUUGUGAUUGUGUUAUUUAUUAAUUAUUGCUUAAGUCUGUUGUUCGCAGAACUCUGUAACGUUGGACGGAUAAAGGCAUUAAAUUUGUAAAUAAAAUCUUCCUAUGAGAGACACAGA